AUGACAGUGAAUUCCACCACAGUGAAGUCCAUAAGGGACUUAUAUUCAAUAAAAAGUUUGUUUUGGAUUAACUUUGUAUUUCAAAUCUUCUUGUGUUCAUAUCGUAUAGUAGAAUUAAACCUGUUUUCUUGCCAUUAUUCCGUAAUCACAAUGAGUACAUGCAGCUAUCAGGGAUGUUACAAACAGCGUUAUCCUUGUGGCUCAAUUACAUUUUUUCAAAUACCUAUGGACGAGCCGAGACGCACACAGUGGAUAUUGAAUAGUGGGAACAAGCGUUUGCGGAGUCUAACAAGUACACAGAAGCGCUAUCUUUGUGAAACUCAUUUUAACAAGAAGGAUAUAAAAUGGUAUUGUUAUAGAAAAACCCUUCAUAAAAACGCAGUGCCUAUACCAUACGACACAUUAAAUGAACAAACUCAUUACGUCGAGUAUGAAGUAGUAGAAGUUGAGUUUCAACACGCGGAGGUAACAUCCAGUGACAAUACUUAUCAAGUUGACAAAAUAAGUGAAUACAAUGAUAAAAAUGAAGUCGAGGAGAAUGUACUGUUGUCACCAAACCAUACUUGCAUACUGUCCGAUACUGAUAACGAGGAGGAAAUGAACGAAACUAUAUGCACAGAAGAAGCAUUGGAUUCAUCGCAAACAGACUUAGAACACAUAAAUACUUCGCAGUGUGAUUUAAGUGCACAACCAGUGGCUGACUUAAUAUCAGCAUAUUCUGAUUGUGAAACUCCUUCAUCUCCCGAAUUCGAUGCGUCAAUAUCCAAUUCGGCAGUUUUGAUCAAUAAAGAUUGUAUUACAAAUGAAGAAACAAUAUCUACGCAGCCUGUGAUAAAUGACAAUAGUGAAAUUAAUUGCGAUAUAAACGCAAUUACCAUGACUUAUGAUAAGUCAAGCGACAUACCCAACGAAUCAGUUUCACUGUGCAUAAAAAAUCCUCAAACCAUCAGCAGUGAUGAAAAUUCUCUGGCAAAUAUUAACCAGUUGCAAGAGCAACGAAUGCUUCAAUCCUAUGAAUCAGAUAAGCAUUUUUCACUGUCCCUUGUAUAUUAUUUCCAGCGGUUAAACGCUAAAAAGAAUAUGAAAGCUAAAUUUGAUAUACUUAGCUACUUAAUGGCACUCGAACAGGAUGAUGAUGCACAGUUGGGAAGUAAUAAAUUAGUACAAAAAUAUAAUUAAGUAUCGCUGUUAAUAUAGUACAGGUUCCAGAUAUUGAUGUUCGUCAUACAUAAAAUGUGUAACACCAUUAAAUAAUUAAUAAAGUUGGUAUCUAAA